GCCGAUCUUCCGGUAUGUAGAAUUUUACGCAAUGCGGGAGACGCCUGUCCGGCAGUGAAGACGCACUUCCGUGGUGUCGUCUCAUUUAAAGAACCGGACGCCAUGAUCAAAGAUUAAAAAGAAGGAUUCGAAGUCAUCGGUGGUGUCACUCUCCCAAUUUUCAACACGCGCUCUACCAUUGAGAAUGAGCAGCGCUGCCUCGGCGAUUGGAUUGGGAAUUCCAUCGAUUUUCUGAUGAGAGCGUCCAAUCCGCUCCAUGACGAGGCGAGGCGGCACCAGCAGCAGCAGCAGCAGCAGCAACAGCAGCGAAUGGAUCCCACUGACAUCGAUGAGCCGAUGAAGAAUCAAGUGGAUGUAGUGGAGAAAGAAGGAUGGAGGAAGCUGCUAGCGUUUUUGGGGCCGGGGUUUUUGGUUUGCAUCGCUUACAUUGAUCCUGGAAAUUUCGAGAGCGAUCUCCAAUCCGGCGCGGAAUAUCAGUAUGAGCUGCUCUGGAUUAUCUUGGUGGCUUCCGUGUCAGCUUUGAUCAUCCAGUCCCUGGCCGCGAAUUUGGGUGUGGUCACUGGGAAGCAUCUCGCCGAGCACUGUAGGACCGAAUAUCCCAAGGUUGUGUCGAUUUUGCUGUGGAUAUUGGCCGAAGUUGCCGUCAUAUCAGCUGAUAUUCCCGAAGUCAUAGGCACGGCAUUUGCACUUAACAUUCUGUUUAGUGUACCUAUUUGGAUCGGCGUCCUGUUAACUGGACUCAGCACACUUCUCCUCCUGGCUUUGCAACAGUAUGGAGUGCGCAAGCUGGAGCUUAUUAUCGCUGCACUGGUGAUGAUAAUGACUGGAUGUUUUUUUGCCGAGCUUGGUUACGCGAAACCAAAUGCUGCACUAGUUUUGAAAGGGCUCUUUGUGCCUCAACUCAAAGGCGACGGUGCCACUGGGCUGGCUAUUUCUCUCUUGGGGGCUAUGAUUAUGCCACACAACCUGUUUCUUCACUCGGCAUUGGUUCUAACUCGAAGAAUUCCUCGCUCUGAUAAGGGAAUCAAGCAAGGAUGCAAGUACUAUAUGUUUGAGAGUGGAUUCGCACUUUUCUUCGCCUUUCUAAUCAACGUAUGUGUUAUUGCUGUUAGCGGCUCGGUGUGUUCGCAACCAGAUUUAUCAGCCGAGAAUAGAGCAAACUGUAAUGACUUGGAUCUAAACCGGGCCUCAUUCCUCCUGCAGAAUGUGUUGGGACGUUGGAGUAAGAUCCUCUUCGGCGUUGCAUUGCUUGCCUCCGGGCAAAGCUCAACGAUUACAGGCACAUAUGCCGGCCAGUACGUGAUGCAGGGAUUUUUAAACUUGAGGUUUAAACCUUGGAUUCGAAACUUACUAACCCGAGCGGUAGCAAUUGUUCCAAGUCUAAUUGUUGCGCUUAUUGGUGGUUCUAGCGCUGCUGGACAACUAAUCAUCAUUGUCUCUAUGGUUUUAUCUUUUGUUCUUCCCUUUGUUCUUAUUCCGCUGCUGAAAUUCACUAGUAGCAAAGUGAAAAUGGGACCUUAUGCUAACUCUUGGCCGGUGAUGUGCACAACAUGGUUAAUUGGUGGUGCUGUUAUGUCUAUCAAUGUGUACUAUCUUACCUCCUUGUUUGUGAAGUGGCUCAUCAAGAGCUCCCUGGCAAUGGGAGCUCAAGUGAUGAUUGGUAUCCUGGUUUUUGGGAUGAUCCUUGUUUAUUUGAUUGCCGUGGGAUACUUGGCAUUUAGAGUGGACAGGGAGAUCACUUAUCUGAUUGUUUCCGACGAGCCAAGUAACAUGGACCCGAUUAACUUGGAAGAACUGGGCCACGGCCCAUCGAGUGAGCUUCAACCGUUACCUCGGAAAGAUAUUAUAGAGCUCCAGCUGCCGCGGGAUGUAUAGAGCGAUGAGAACGAAAAAGCGAGAUUAUAAUGAACUAGAAAAUCAAUAGCGACAAGAGCCUUCUCAAUUCCAAGUCUGUAUGAGGAAAGGGAGUACACACUAUUUAUGCUGCUUUGAAGGAUCCAGGAAGAACACUAUGGUUUUGUUCUUGCUGGAUCCUAGCUCGAAACAAAAUUGUCUACUUGUCUAGAGCA